AUGGGUACCAUAAACCUCAAAAUCCCAUUUCUUAAUUUUCUCUUGGUGACCACUAUCAUCACGGCACCAAUAUUUGCUAUAGCAUACCACUCUUCAAUAGUCGAAGCACUAUCUACACCGAAGACCAAAUGCAACCCGAGAUGCACGGCGAAGAAGGAAAGAGCUCGAUUAGGGAAAAUGCCAACACCGAAAUCAAAAAGACUAUGGCAAAGACGAAAGAAAUCGUUAAAAGAAGGCUUCACGCCGAUUUUAGAAGUUGAAGAAGAAGAUGAAAAGGGUGUAGUCAUGGAAGAGAAGAUAAAUGAGGACGUAGAGGAAGUAGAAGAGAAGGAGGAGUUGAACGGGAUUCCGGUUAUAGAUGGAAUUCAGUCGCAGGUGACUGAUCCAAAUCACGAUACCCAAGGCCUCGCGCAGGAUCGUGUAGGUUAG